AUCAGUUUUCUUCUCUUCUCAUCUCAGUUCUCACCCACCGCCGUCCGCUGGUUUUUGCCGGAUCUGACCCGUAUCCCGUGUCGGAAUCCGUGUCGACACAGGUACUGCACCCCAAAUUGCCGAGUCCGGGUAACGAAGCUCUCCAAUGGAUCCUGAGAAUGAAGACCUUCCUCAAUAUGAACACAUUUUUCAAAACGAAUUCUCAUAUCGAAAACAUAAAAAGCAAAAAGAGGAAGAUAUUGCUAUAUGCGAGUGCAAAUUUGACUUUAGUGAUCCUGAUAGUACAUGUGGAGAGAGGUGCUUGAAUGUACUAACAAGCACAGAAUGUACACCCGGUUAUUGUCCUUGCGGUGUUUACUGCAAGAAUCAGAAAUUUCAGAAAUGCCAAUAUGCUAGAGUUACGUUGUUUAAAACAGAGGGUUGUGGUUGGGGUCUGCUUGCUGCUGAAUAUAUAAAGACUGGACAAUUUAUUGUUGAGUACUGUGGAGAAGUAAUAUCUUGGAAAGAAGCAAAGCGAAGAUCUCAAGCUUAUGAAAAUCAAGGUCUUAAGGAUGCAUUUAUUAUUUCUCUGAAUGGCUCUGAAUCCAUUGAUGCCACCAAAAAGGGAAACCUUGCUAGAUUCAUCAACCACUCAUGCCAACCGAACUGUGAGACUAGGAAGUGGACUGUUUUGGGAGAAAUACGAGUUGGAAUAUUUGCAAAAGAAGAUAUUCCAAUUGGAACUGAGCUUGCAUAUGAUUAUAACUUUGAAUGGUAUGGUGGUGCAAAAGUUCGCUGCCUCUGUGGUGCACUCAACUGUUCAGGAUUUCUUGGAGCAAAGUCUCGUGGCUUUCAGGAGGAUACCUAUUUAUGGGAAGAUGAUGAUGAACGGUAUUCAGUUGAAAAAAUCCCGUUGUAUGAUUCUGCAGAAGAUGAGCCUGCCACAAAGCUCCUGAAAGCUGUAAAUUUGAAUUCUGAGAAUGAUGUUAAUACUAAAAGUGAACAGUCCAUAACAAUGGAUGUUAAUCUGAAAUCUAAGCACCAGUUGGAGUCUACUAUUGAUACAGUUCCCAUGGAAGGGGUAGAUGUGAAUACACUGAAAAUUGAAUCACCUAAAGAUAUAAACUUGUAUUCUCAAGAUGCUCAGCAGGCUUUUUCACAAAAGAAUGCUAUGAUAUCUCGCAUCCGAAGUAACAGUGCAUGCCGGAAUUAUCACAUUAGAUCAGGGCCAAUGCUUAAGAAAAAGUCGCAGCAUUAUUCAAAUGGAAAGUUGAAACAUCUUUCAAAGAAGCAAAUUGAUUUAAAACAUCUUGCUAAGCUCUUAGCAUCAAAAGAAGCACAAGAGGAAGUCUUCAGAUAUGAGGAAAUGAAGAAUGAAGCAGCUUCCCAACUAGCUUCUUUGUACAAUGAUAUACGCCCUGCAAUUGAAGAACAUGAGAGGGAUAACCAAGACAGUGUAUCGACCAGUGUUGCUGAGAAGUGGAUCGAAGCGUCCUGCACCAAACUGAAGAUAGAAUUUGAUUUUCAUUCUUCAAUUCUCAGAAAUAUUGUCUGCACUCCGCAAAAGGCAUGUGAACAAGUGAAGCCUUGUGAACCGGAAGGACACGGAGGCAAUAAUGAUACUGAAGUAAAGUUGGAAUUUUGAAGAUUGAAGCUCUUACGUUUACGAAACCAAUGUUACAGACUAACUGAUCAAAGAAAGGCAAAUUUAUUCUAGCUUAAAUCUAUUUAUGUGUCUUGUCGUGUCCUGUUCAAAGUUAUUUUGGUUUAAAUAGGUUAUGUUUAAUUUGUGUUUUGUAAUAUCUGAUUUUGUAGUAAUUUAGAUGUAAUAAUUUUAAUUAUCAAUCCAUAUGAUUUUAUUUA